UGAACUAACUGCGUCCUCUAAUCUCUGAAGCUGAUGGUGUCCCAGAGCCAUCGUCCUAUGACGCCUUCCCUGAACCUGAACAGAUCUCUCCCCAGGGGCCCCACCAGAAACGUCCAUGCUCCAGUGACCAUGCUUUGUAGCUGGCUCUUCUUGGCCUAAGAUUCACUUCCUACUGUUCUGGCUGGGCGCCAAUGAGAAGAAAGGGUGAUGAGAAGCGUUUGUAGAUGCGCCACCUGCCUCAGAGUCCAGUACCCUGGGAGAGAGAAAGCAAGAUGAACAUAGAUGAUUAUGAGAACGUCAGCCUAGGAAAGUCAUCUCCUUGGCCUCUUGGACAGUUUCUCAGGAUAGAGCCACGUCCGGCCCACAGGACUCCAAGGAUGGCCCGGGUAGCUCUGGUUCUCCUGACUCUGGCCUUGCUGGCCUCCUUCACUGCAAUCAUCAUCCUUUAUUUCCAGGUAGAGACAUGCACAGGAAGUGAGGAGGCCCAGCGGAAGGCUUACCUGGAUAAUAUUACCACCUUGACUUCAGAGAUGCAGAUGUUAAGAAGUCAUCUGGAAAACCCUAGGGUUCAGAUGUUAGAGACCAAGAAGACCAAGAGUGGCCUGGAAAAUGUCACAGCAUCUAAUGCUGUCAUGGAAGGGUUAAAAGGUUAUUUGGAGACCAUUACUGUCCUCCCUGUCAGCACCCAUCAGGCACUGAACAGGGCCUCUGGAGUGGACCCUGAGACACCAGAAGGCCCCACGGAGGAGGACCUAGAGCUUGGGAGGGUCACUGAACCACCUGGACGUCCCACCAAGGAGGCCCUGGAGUUUGGAGGGAUCACUGAGACACCUGGAGCCCACGGGGAGAAGGUCUCAGCAACUGUUGAAGGUCAAACAGUUGUGAAAAUGUUAGAAGACCUUCUAGAGGCCGUUAAUGCAUCCUACAUUGCAGUGAGAGAUGAGUAUAGGACUGUCCUAAUACUGCUCUCCAAGGGCUGGAAGUUCUACAAUGGAAACCUUUACUAUUUUUCCCAAAAGCGUACAUCCUGGUAUGAGGCUGAAAAGUUCUGUGUAUCACAAGGGUCUCAUCUGACAUCCGUGGCCUCAGAGGAAGAACAGGAGUUCCUUAUUAGGAGAGCCAAGGGCAUUUCCUACUGGAUUGGCCUGACCAGCCUGGGUACUGAGAGCAGCUGGCACUGGGUCGAUGGAACUCCCUACAAGGAGACCAACAGCAGGUUCUGGAUAAAAGGUCAGCCACAACCCUGGAAGAUGAGAGGCAAGUGUGUGGAGAUGCAGGUCAAGGGCCUGAGCUCAUGGAAGGAAAGUGACUGUCAAAGCCAUCUCCGAGGUCUCUGUAAAAGAGCUCUGGAGAGGUUUGAGGAGGAUCCGGAUGUAGGCGGAACAACAGAACUUGACUAGGAGGCCAGUGGUCCGUCCUCAGAAGAGGAGAAAAAAAUGGGCCACACCUUCUCUCCUAGCCUCUGAAGAAACCAAGACACUGCAGCCAGAAGGCCAGGUUCAUGGUCCCUUCUGACUUGGCAUAGGGCUUUUACAUUGUCACUUCCCGAGGACACUUACCAUCUGAUUUAUUCACAUUUCUUUGGCAGUCUAUAUUCCUCCCCGAGGCACAACUGUAAUAUAGGGGGUGCUUUAGAAGCUCUGAAAAGGCCCCUGAUUGGAACUUGGCCUUGAGGAGAUUAAGAGAUGAACUCUUGAUUUCUGCUGAGUCUUUCAGAACCUUGCAGGGAACAGGGUGGGAGUGGGUGUAUAUUUGUGUGGAAAGGCAGAAACUGGGGAAUUAUCUUUAUUUCUAUUUUACUUUGAAACUCUAGGGGGAAACACAAGACAAAGAAUAAUUUUAGAUAAUGUUCAGGGGGACAUAAACAUUUGAAGCAGGACUUACCUUCAUGGAGCUUACAAUCUAAUAGGGAGAUA